ACGAAUGUGGCAGAUAUAACCGCGCGCGUAAGCCUCUGAAACAGCGACACCCCUUCUGUCAGCAUCACCGUGCAAAAGGGAUUAGGUGAACCUCAACUUGAAUGAAAGGCGGCACAUUUGAGACCCUUAUUUACGUUUGCAUGGAUUACUCACUCCGUAGCCUUGGGAUCUCCCCACCAGUCGGACGUGCCAUCGGCAAGCAACAUCUCUAGGCGCGACCUUCAAGAAACUGGUAGGACGAGUACCUAUUAAAGUAUUUCCGCCCCCGAUGCCUCGCGCGCAGUCCUUCAAUGAGAACAAGACCUACUUUCACUAUGUCUCGUCUCGUGUUCCUCGCUCUCGUUGUCUGCUUGGCAUCUAAUGCAGCCGCAAAAUGUGUCAUGCGGUCCACAUGCGACAAGGAUGAGACCAGGAGUGCCUGCGUUUUCGACGGCGAGGCUCAAACCCUCGCCACUGAAGAGAGUCGGAGUCAUCUAGUGAACCUCUGCGGCGACAUCUUCCCCGAUCCCUACGCCGCUGUUUGUUGUUCGGAUGACCAGGUUCAAGAAUUUUCCGAACAGAUAGAGUCAGCUGUCGUGCUCGGAUUAAACAACUGCCCGGCUUGUGGAACUAACUUCCGGAAUCUUAUCUGCAACAUGGUCUGCUCUCCAGAACAGCACGAGUUCAUCGAGUUGUUGCGUACGGGUGUCAGUGAUGACGGUGAAAAAUUCGUGCAAGAGUUUAACUACCACGUCAACCCUGUUUUUGUGCGAGGAAUGUUUAACGCGUGCGCAAAUGCGAAAAGUAGGAUUGCUUCUGUGCACCUUCUUAACUUCAUGUGCGGUAGGUGGGGAAGCGAUUGUACUGCCGAAAGGUGGUUGCAGUUCCUGGGCGCUACCCCUGACAACGGAGGACUGUCGCCCAUGCAGAUCAACUAUGUGCAGUCGGAAAAUGAGACGGUAACGGUGAACGGUACGGUGUAUCGUCCCAUGAAUGUGCGGCCGUACAGGUGCGACACGGAGGAUACCACGAAGACGUGUUCCUGCCAGCAUUGCCCAGCGUCGUGUCCCGCAGAGAGCGACAAAAAGGAAAAUGGAACGCUCGCUGGAGCCUAGGAAGAAUAGGAGCAUCGUGUUCUGUUGUUUCAGUUCUUAUCUCUGUUCCGUCCAAUCCUGUACAUAGCCACUUCUAUGCUCAUCCAUACAGUUUACGUGGUAGGGAGGUUUGAGGAACAUACAGGCAAUGGGCACGGAACCCAAUAAAAGCCGAAUAUCUGCUCGGAAA